UGUAAAUUUUCGUCGGACAUGCGCGUAUCACUGAAUUUUUCAAGUGAUUUUGAAAACGGUGGGACUAUUUUUCCGUGUAAAAAUUAUACGUGAUUGUUUAUUGUGUUGCUGUUUCUCUAUUAUAUACAUUAAUAUACAUUGUUGGCUUGCAAAUUAUGGGUGUAAUGUGUUGAUUUGUGGAAGGAAGUUAUUGUUUCUAAAGGUCGGAUCCAAAUGGUAAUGCAAAAUUUACAGAUCUUAUUUAAAGAAGAAAAUGUGACGCGAUGUGCCUCGAGUGUCUGUGAUCCAUGUGUCUAGUGUAUAGUGCGUAGUGUCAGUGUCUGGACAAGUUACAUUGAAAUGUCAUUGUAUGAGGAACGAUAUAUCUAUGUAUCACCGGUGAUUGUAUUCUGAAUUUUUUAACGAUGGCCCACUACCCCCAGCCUGCGUCGCUAGAAGCGGCCCUCCCCCUGCUCAGCCGGCCCGACCUCCGCCUCCGUCAGCAGCUGGGCGAGCAGCUCGUGGCCCUCGUCCGCCGCGAACCAGAAAUAACCAAUGAUCUGGCCGCCCAACUCAUCGAUGCUCUUAUCGCUUGGCUUAAUGGAGGAAACUUUAAGGUGGCCCAAAACGGGCUUGAAGUAUUGACAGUGUUAACGGAACGACUCGGCCAAGACUUCUCACACUUCGUGCCUACCGUCUUGCCACAUAUCAUUGACAGGCUAGCGGACACGAAGGAGUGCGUGAGACAGGCGGCCCGCGCGUGCGUCGCGGCGCUGGGGGAGAGUCGAGCGGUGCCCCCCCGCGCGCUGCUGGCCCGCCUCACCCCCGCGCUCUCCCACAAGGCGCCGCACGCCCGCGAGGACGCGCUGCGCUGCAUACACACCCUGUUGCACACACACGGCGCCGUGGAGUUGCAGCUGCGCGCCGCCGUCCCCAACAUCGCGGCGCUGGCGGCCGACCCCAGCGCGGCUGUGCGCGACGCCGCCGUGCAGCUGCUUGCCGACAUGUACCGACACGUCGGUGAAAGAUUAAGACAGGAUUUGAAGAAGAAAGAAUUACUGCCGGCGCAGAAGUUGGCUCUGCUAGAACAGAAGUUCGACGAGACGAGAGAGGCUGGGCUCCUACUGCCUUCAGCCGUGCCGGGCACGGACGAGACGGACGCGUGCCGCAGCCGCCGCGCCGCCACCGCGCCAGACUCCGGCGCCUCCACGCCAGCAUGCGAACCCCCAAAGAGGACAGUUCCGAGGUUGUACAACCUCCCCUCCGCUAACAGGAAGCCACCCCCUCCGGCCAAACUCAAUAGCGCCACCAGUGUGUCGUCAGGCGGCGGGGGAGGUGGCGGGGGAGGCGGCGGCGCGGCGGGGGAGGCGGGGGCGGUCUCCACGUCUGCGUUCGAGGCGGCCUUCAGUGCGGCGCCGCCCCUCGCCGUGUAUGGAGUGCGCGGGCUGGACGACACCGUGCGCCUCGCCGCCGCGCUGCUGGGCGACCGCGCCGCCGACUGGGAGAAGCGCGUCGACGCGUUAAAGAAGAUCCGCGCUCUGCUCACCGCCAACGUCCACCAGCAGUACCCCGUGGAGUUCGCUGCACAUCUCAAGGAUCUGUCCAUUCCAUUUCUUGUUGUCAUCAAGGACUUGAGGAGUCAGGUGGUGCGCGAAGCCUGCAUCACGAUAGCCCACAUGGCGAAAGUGCUCAAGAAUAAAAUGGAACAGUUCAGUUUGUACAUACUCCAGGAGCUGAUCAACCUCAUACAGAACGCCGCUAAGGUGGUGUCGUCGGCGGGCACCGUGUGCGUGCAGUACAUAGUAUCGUUUGUACACUCACCGAGGCUCAUCCCGGUCUUGCUCACCAAUUUAACUUCAAAUAAAUCCAAGGAAAUACGUUCUACACUCAGUGAAGUACUAGUCAUGAUACUGGAGAAGUGGCCGGCUCAGACCAUAGAGAAGCAGCAGCAAAAUAUCCGAGACGCCAUCCGCGUCGCCUGCGUGGACGCCGACAGCACCGCCAGGAACCACGGACGAAGAGCGUACUGGUCCUACCAGCGACUGUUUCCUGCGGAGGCCGAGCUGCUAUUCGAGCGGCUGGACGCUGCGGCCCAGAAGCAACUCGAGCGGGAGAGGAACGUCGGCAACGUCGGCAGCCUCGACGGGCUACAGCGACUCGGCACGGAGAGGAGAGCCGCCGCCUGCAGCCCGCGCAGCCCGUCGGCCAGCGUGUCAGCUUCCACUGAGAAUUUAGUGUCAAGUUUGAACAGGAGUCACUCCCUGAGGAGACGACGAGCCUCCCAGGACAGAGUCGCGGUCACACAGAUCCCCGUCGCCCUGCGAGCCCCGGAGCGCGGCGGGCGGUCGGUGUCGGCGGUGGACGCGGCGGCGGCGCAGCGGGCCCGCGCGCGCGCGCUGUACUCGCACAUGGGCCGCACGCGCACGCACGCCGCCACCGCCAGCCUGCAGGGAGAGCUGGCGCAGCAAGCUCGAGCGAAGAGAUCUCCGGUGGGCGCAGCGGCCGCCGUCCCGCCCAGCCCCGAGCGCGGCGCCGGCCGGUCGCGCUCCCGGCCCGGCGUGUCGCAGUCGCAGCCCACGUCGCGCUCGGCGUCCCCGUCCGGCCGCGCGCCCGGCCCCGCCUCGCUGCACGCCGCGCGCCGCCGCCCCUCCGGCAUCCCGCGCUCGCUCGCAGGAUCCAGAGAGACCAGCCCCACCAGGAGCGGCAGAUCGAGCAGCGGGGUGAGACGGCGGGAGUCGAUGGAGAGGACGGCGCCCAGCCGCGCCCCGGCACACACGCUGCGCCUGCUGCAGCAGACCAGGGACGCCGAGGCCGCGCUCAGGAGUCCAGAGGACAGUUCAGCAUGCGAGGGCGGGAGAGGAAGGGACGACGACUCCGAAGCCUCCAGCGUUUGUUCCGAGAGGAGUCUAGACUCGUACAGGAGACACGAUAGCAUGUCGUGGUCGGGCUCCGGGACGCGCCUCGGCUGGGAGGGCUCCCCCCCUCCUCCUCCGCCGGCCGAUGACAUCAUCGUGCUGUGCUCUUCCACGCACUGGACCGAACGGAAGGAUGGACUCACGCAUCUUGCGAACUACCUCAACAGCGGGCGCCUGCUGACGGACGAGCAGCUGCGACGCCUCACGGAGCUGUUGAACAAAAUGUUCGUGGACGCUCACACCAAGGUGUUCUCCCUGCUGCUGGACGCCGUCUGCGAGCUGCUGCUCGUGCACUGGCAGCAGCUCAAGGACUGGCUGUACCAGCUCAUGUUCAGACUACUGAUGAAACUCGGCACUGACAUCCUUGGCUCGGUGCAGAGCAAGAUAAUGAAGACACUAGACGUCAUACACGAAUGCUUCCCCGCUGAGCUGCAGCUACACAACAUAUUCAGGUUCCUGUCGGACGGCGCCGCGGCCCCCCCCGCGCGCACCCGCGCCGCCGCGCUGCGCUUCCUGGCCGAGCUGGCGCUGCACUACUGCACGCCCGGCGCGCUGGCGCUCGCGUUGCAGGGCGGCGGCGGCGGCGUGGCGGGGCGCGGCGUGGCCAAGGUGUGCGCGCUGGCGGCCGACCCCCGCGCGGGUGACGUGCGGACCGCCGCGCGCCGCGCGCUCGCCGCACUGUACGACUGCAGCCCGGCGCACUUCACAGCCUUGAUGAGCGAGCUACCGGCGGAAACGCAGACAUUCGUCAACGGUAUAGUGCAGCAACACGUCAGAAGAACAUCUAGCACCGGCAGCGACAGUCCGCUGCGCACGGCCAGCUCCGCGUCCAACAACGAGGACGUCCUCUCCCGCAUCAGGAAAACGACGUCGGAGAUACACUCCUACACCGCGCACCAUUCUAACGCGGAGUGCGGCAACUACACAUCGAGUAAAGACUCCGGUAUCAGUCAGAUGUCGGACCUCACGCUGGGGAACAAGGGGCACAACGGAGUGCCUAAUGGUCAUGCAGAGGCAAUAGGACGUGCCGCUUCAGCAGACAGCUCCGAAGAGGCGAACAGCACUAAGGAAUCGUCGCCCAUCCCGGGACACAACCGGCUGGACUACCAAUUGCAACACGGGGACUACACCGGCAGUCAACUGGGACGCGACAAGGCCAGGCCCUACGAGGUGGACGAGCACGGAUACAUCAUCACUAAAUGUGGACUGGGCGAGGAGGCGGUGCUGGAGGCUCUGUGUGCGCUGGACGCCGUGACGUCACCGCCUGAGCGCUGGGAGCAGCUGCUGCUGGCCGCGCACGAGCUGCUCAAGUACGGGGACUGCUCCAAGCCCAAGGAAUACUUCAAGAACAUCGUUCGUGUAGCGCUGGCGGCGCUCUCCAUCGAGGACAACUCUGGGGACAAGGAGAACACUGAAAACGCGACCAACGCGCACCAGACAUCCGGCUGGGGGACAGCGAACGAGCGAGCAGCCGCCGAAGCCGUAAAGGUUCUGAUCUGGUUGUGCCGCAGGCCAGAGACCAGACCCCAGUGGCAAGAGUACUUCGAUCUCAUCCUACUGAAGCUCAUCCAGGCCUACGAGUCUCUGAACAAGGAGGUGAUGCGGGCGGUGGAGGCUGGCAUGCCGCACAUCGCCAGGGCGCUGCCCGCGCUGCAGGUGCUUGCCCUGCUGAAGCCAGUGAUCCGCACGCGCGGCUACCCGACCUCCCUGUGCGCCCUCAAGCUCGCCGGGGAGGUCGCCAAGGCGCGCCCCCACGAGCUCACCGACGACAUCGUGCAGCAACUCAUGGAGGGGGUCAGCCAGUUGGCGGACCACCAGAACUCCGCGGUGCGCAAGGCGGCCGUGUUCUGCAUGGUCGCCUUCACGUUCGCGCUGGGCGAGGCGCGCAUGCAGCCGCACCUCACGCACCUCUCCGUCAGCAAGUACCGGCUCUUGCAGGUGUACAUCAGCAAGCAGCGCGAGGAGUCCACCCGACAACAACACGCCAACAGCGCGACAACGACGUAGCGGAGGACGCGGCGCACUCGCACGCGCGCCACGCAGACGUAACACGUGCUCGCCGACCGGUGCUGCCGUCCCUCUCGCUCGGCUGCCGCUCCUCUGCAGCGAGAGGGGGACGGCAGCACGCGCCGCCGCUCGGAUGUGACGCCCCCGGCCUCAUACAUAUGUCAGUCAUAUACAACAACUGGAUAGAGCAUCUCGACUGGAGCACCACAUCUGCACUGCGGAGCUGCCCGGGGACCGAGGGCGGCGCCACCCCCGCCACCCCCCGCCGCCACCCCGGCGCGGACGCGUUGCUCGUCUUGUGUCUAAUUAAAUUUAACAAAAAAAAAUCAAAUUGAUUGUUUCGUUUUAUUAAAGAUUUAACAACAUUUAAUGUAUAUAUAAAUUGUAUAAUAUAAACAAACGCAACACAAGUAACGCGUCUGUAACGCUGCGUCCGCGGCCGGAGCGCCCAGGGACCCCUUCGAUAUUGACUCGUCGCGCAUCUGCUGCUGUCGCGACACGGAACUAUUGAGGUGUUCGUGACGUAACCCUACAAACAGUUGAGGAGUCGACGCGGCCAACGGACUCCAGCGGACCUCCCCAAGGGGCAGGGAACCUGGGGCCGAUCGCGCUCUGACUAGAUUAUUGGGAUACAGCCGCCACUUAGAGCGUACACUAAAUUGGGACAACGUGAGUCGUCUGCUUCAAACAGGCGACUCGCAGCGCGCCGGCGGGAUGCUGCACGCAUCCUAACGUUACUAACGAGAUACGGACACGCUCGCUUCCAGCACGCCCCCCCAACCCCCCGCGCCGCCUCCACGGGGUCUUGUACUAACUACAGACAUUCUACGCGAUUUUAUUUGAGAUUAAACUCUUCUCGGCUCUUUCUGGUGGCGUAGUCCGGGGGCGCUCGGUCCUGGGAGUGCUUUACAAAAUGCCAAUGAAUAAAUAUUCGAUAUCCACAUUGCACCGCGACUUGUAGCGCUCGAAGCUGUCCGCUAAAUCUCACUCCUUGCGUCCUUGAGGUCCGCGUUGAGGCCGACGAGCGUCCCGGUACACUUGUUGUAUUCGUGCGAACACAACAACCGCCGCCGUUAACGGAACAAUUAUUCUGUUGGAAUAAUGUUUCGUUUGAUUCCACGUGGAGUUAGAAACUCUCAAACUUGAUAAUACGCAUUUUAUAUUAUUAAAAGAUAAUUAUUAAUGUUCUUAUUUGUUUUGUGAUUCAUUUAGCAUUAGUGAGCUUUAGUGAUCAUAACUGAGCGUAGCGUAAUUUAUUUAAUUGGCUUUAUAAAAGGAAAACUGUGUUAUACUAAAUAUAAGAUGACGGCAGGUCCAACGCUGCGUUCGUUGAUUCCAACCGGAGGGAGACGCUACCGACAACAUUUAUUAAUUAACAUUUGUAUUAUUUGUACUAUUAUUACUCUUUAUUUUCUAAUUUUUUUGUGUUUAUAAUUGUUUUCGAUUAUAUUCGUGAAUAAAAACGAGGAUUUUAAUA